AGCAACCAGUUUAUAUUGUCCUUUACACGCUUUCGUCCAGUCUUUUGAGAAGUGAUUUCGGCAGCGGUGCGUGCGGUCGCGCAUCUGGCGUGACUUCUCUCACCAGCUGCAAUCGAAGUCUGAGCGUGACGUACUCGAAAAUGGAGUUGGAUUACUGGGGGAAGCAUGUCCUCGCUCCGAUGGUGCGCGUGGGCACGAUUCCCCUAAGAAUGCUUGCAGCUGAGUAUGGGGCAGAUAUCACCUACGGUGAGGAACUUGUCGACCACAAAUUCGUCAAAUGUUAUCGACAAGAGAAUGAGGAGCUGCAGACUGUGGACUUUAUAGAGAAGGAUACCAAAGAAGUCGUGUUCAGAACCUCCAGCUUGGAAAAGCACAGAGUAGUAUUUCAAAUUGGUACAGCAGAUGCUUUAAGGGCUUUGAAAGUCGCUCAGUUGGUGCAAAACGACGUUGCUGCUAUCGAUAUCAACAUGGGAUGUCCGAAAUCCUUCUCCCUUAGUGGGGGCAUGGGUGCUGCACUUUUGUCCAAGCCUGACCUCAUUCAUGAUAUACUGACAACGCUGAAAAGAAACCUGAACAUACCCGUGACUUGUAAGAUACGUCUUCUGAAGACGUACGCAGACACUGUCGAGCUGGCCCGAAGAAUUGAAAGCACUGGUGUGUCUGCGAUUGGUGUGCAUGGCAGGAGGGUGGCAGACAGGCCGAGGGACCCAGCGCAGUGGGAUGGCAUUGCCGAAGUCGUGUCUGCUUUAUCCAUUCCAGUCAUUGCUAACGGCGACGUCUUUGAGUAUGAAGAUUUUCAACGCAUCAAAGAUGCAACAGGAGCUGCAUCAGUUAUGGUGGCAAGAGCAGCUUGCUGGAAUGUAUCUGUGUUCAGACCUGGAGGAAAGCUUCCUUGGGAGGAUGUAAAGAAAGAAUAUAUCAAGAAGAGUAUAUUAUGGGACAAUGACAUCAAGAGCACUAAACAUGAGUUGAAGGAAAUGAUAAUGCAUUAUUCGUGCUUAGAGUUCGCCGAGGGAAAGCUUUUGAACAAAUGCAAGGAUAUUGCAGAUGUGUCAGACAUGUAUGGGGUUCGAAGCUACUAUGACGAGGUUCAAGGGCUACGUAAUAAACGCAGACAUGCAUCUUUUGCUGGAGCAGGAAUCUUCAUUUGAGGUCAAGCAAGAUGUGCUUUUACCAUGAUAGCUUACAGGAGGUUUGUUUUUGUGAAUGUAGGUAGCACACUAUUUAUCACAUUUAUACAGUUUGCCUAUUUCUCUUGCUGACUCCGAGUCUCUUCCUCUGGGGCUUACAUAGUCUUAGAGCUCAGAAGAGUCUUGUAGCCAACGAUUUUGAGGCUUCUACUCAAGUCUUGAAAUUUAUCCUCCGUCCCGACUAUGCCAAAUGUCAGCUAGUUUACUUUGGGGGAUGAUCCUCAUUCAUCGACUAUGGUCCAUAAAAUAGCAUUCUCGUCCUAGUCAUCAUUUUCAAUUUGAGGCAAAUGUAACCCUCAAAUCUGAUUCCAGAGCAGGGCUGAAAGUUAACAUUCAAAGUAAGCUCGAAUAAACUUAGUAGUGUGUCGGGGUCUUCAGCCUUGCAACCAAAGGGUGACGUUAUGCACCUCGAUGCAGGUCGUUGUAAGCUGUAACGGAUCGAAGGUUUUCCCUCGCAUCUCAUUUGCACGGUCAGGUACUUAGCAUUUUCCAACAUUACGUGGGUUCUGUCUCAUUACGAAUUUCUUGUUUGAGAUGAUGGGGUUGACUGGAAAUGAUACAAUGUCAUUUGCAUCAAUCAAUCUAAGCUCGAUG